CGUACACCGGCACACAUUCCUGGUUAUGGCUGGCCAUGGCUACCUCGCAGUGGGCUUACUGGCCCUUUUGCCGAGUAUUUGCUUAGCAGCUUAUGUGGGCCUGAGCCGCGUGUUCCGCCAGGGGAUGCCACGGAAGGAGGCUGCACUUUGUUGGACUGCGAUGGUCCUGUCUUUGAGCUUCCCGCUGACCUGUGGAUAUGUGGGCCGCCACAAGCGCUGGUCCACAUUGGUGAUGGAGAUCGAGGAGAGUUUGGUGGAUGAGUUUGGGCGUGAUUGGGGCUUUCGGCUUGUGCAACUACAUAUGUCUCGCUCUCCGCCCACCUUUCCGCGCGGCGCUUUCCGGCGGAGACGGGUUCGAUCGCGAAGGGGUGAUGGCUGCGGUGCUGGUUUUCACGUCUGUGCUGGGGGUCGCAGUUCUGUCUGUGUUUUCUCCAAUGACUGCGGUGUGCCAAUGACUCGGCGCAGAGGGGUUUCUCCAUUGAAGGGUCAAUGUCGACUCCAGAAGGGCCUGAAGAGGUUUUGCCAUCCAGAAGGGCCUGAAGAGUGAGUCUACGUUACAGCUAGAAAGGUGGCCUAGUCGGUGCCCGAUGUUCUCGGAGAACAAC